CUACUGUGCAGGCAGUCUGACAAAUCAUAAGGCCAUGUCCUGAGAGGAGAGGUCAACGGCUGGUUUGGCACCCAGUUUGGCAGAGAGGAUGAGGGCACGCACGCUCUCUCUCCUCCUCCUCGCCGCCGCCGCCGCCGCCUCCUUCACCCCCACGACAUCCAACGACACCAUCGACCGAGUCACGUCCAUCGCCGGCAACCAGACGCUCGUAUCAGCCGGUCGCGUCUAUGCGCUCGGCUUCUUCAGCCCGGCCGGCGCCGACGGCAGGACGUACCUCGGCAUUUGGUACGCCACCAUCCCGGGCCCGACCAUCGUGUGGGUCGCCAACCGCCAGAACCCGGUGGUCAACACCCCGGGCGUCCUCAUUCUCUCCGCCAGCGGCCGCCUUGUCAUCCUCGACAGCAAUAACGACACUGUGUGGUCAUCGGCGGCGCCCACCAUCAGAAACAUCACCACACGAGCCACAGCUCAGCUUCUCGACAGCGGCAACUUCGUCCUCAGCUCCGAUGGGAGCGGUACUGAUCAAAGCGUGGCGUGGCAGAGCUUCGACUACCCGACGGACACGCUGCUCCCGGGCAUGAAGCUCGGGGUGGAUAUCAAGGCCGGCAUCACCAGGAACAUCACAUCGUGGAGCAGCCCCACCGACCCCUCGCCGGGCAACUACACGUUCAAGCUGGUCAUCGGCGGGCUGCCACAGUUCUUCCUCGUCCGGGGCACGACGAGGAUCUACACGAGCGGGCCGUGGAACGGCGACAUACUAACCGGCGUGCCGUACCUCAAGUCGAAGGACUUCGCUUUCAAGGUCGUGUAUAGCCCUGACGAGACGUACUACAGCUACUUCAUCCGCGACCCGUCGCUGUUCUCGCGGUUGAUCGUGGACGGCACGGCGGGGCAGCUGAAGCGGUUCUCGUUGAACAACGGCGCGUGGAGCAACUUCUGGUACUACCCGACCGACCAGUGCGACUUCUACGCCAAGUGCGGGCCGUUCGGGUACUGCGACCCCGACCGAUCCCCGCCGUGCCGCUGCCUCCCGGGGUUCGUGCCGCGCUCGCCGGAGCAGUGGAGCCUCCGGGAGUGGUCAGGCGGAUGCGUCAGGAGCACCAACCUAAGUUGCGAGGCCGGCGACGGGUUCUGGGUCGUGAACCAGAUGAAGCUGCCGCAGGCCACGGACGCGAUGGUGUACGCCGGCAUGACGCUGGACCAGUGCAGGCAGGUGUGCCUGAGCAACUGCAGCUGUGGGGCGUACUCGGCCGCGAACGUUAGCGGCGGAGUUGGCGUCGGCUGCGUCAUCUGGGCCGUCGAUCUGCUGGACAUGAGGCAGUACCCGAUUGUCGUGCAGGAUGUGUACAUACGGCUCGCGCAGUCGGCGAUAGACGUCCUGAAGGCCACAGAUAAUCCCCGGCGCCCACACAAGAGCACGCUGAUCGUCGUCGUCGUCGCGACUAUUUCCGGUGCACUUCUUCUGCUAGCAGCGGCCGGCUGCUUUUGUUUCUGGAUGAAGAAGGUGAGGAAACGUCAAAGUGACGACAUGGCGUCAUUGCCUCCAAGCAGUACAGGAGAUCAUGGGCUUCCGUACAGGGUCAGGUACCAGCCUUCGUUGAGCCCAGUAUCCCGGGAUCAACAGCUGGAUGAGGUCUCUGGGGAAAUGAGACACGCCGAGAAAGAUGUUGACCUCCCAUUGUUUGAUCUAGAUGUCAUCCUUGUCGCCACAGACAAUUUUUCUGACCACAACAAGAUUGGAGCUGGUGGAUUUGGGCCUGUUUAUAUGGGAAAGCUUGACGAUGGGCAGCAAGUAGCUGUGAAGAGGUUGUGCCAGGGAUCAAUGCAGGGGGUUAGGGAAUUCAUGAACGAGGUGAAACUGAUUGCAAAGUUGCAGCACAGAAACCUUGUGAGGCUACUCGGUUGUUGCAUCGACGUCGACGAGAGAAUACUCGUGUACGAGUACAUGCACAACCAGAGCUUAGACACAUUCAUAUUUGAUGAAGGAAAGCGUAGCUUGCUAAGGUGGCAGAAACGAUACGAGAUCAUUUUGGGGAUUGCACGGGGUCUACAAUAUCUACACGAAGAUUCAAGGUUCAGGAUCAUUCACAGGGAUUUGAAGGCAAGCAACGUGUUGCUGGACAGAAACAUGGUCCCCAAAAUUUCAGACUUCGGUAUCGCAAGAAUGUUUGGAGGCGAUCAGACCACUGCGUAUACAGGAAAGGUCAUCGGAACAUAUGGCUACAUGUCUCCAGAGUAUGCGAUGGAUGGCAUCAUUUCGAUGAAAUCCGAUGUCUUCAGCUUCGGUGUGCUGGUACUAGAGAUCAUCACUGGCACGAGGAAUCGAGGCUCCUACGUACCCGAGCUUGAUCUCAACCUCCUAGGAUAUGCAUGGAUGCUGUGGAAAGAAGGAAGGAGCGUGGAAUUGCUGGACGAGGCAUUGGGCGGCAGCUUCCACCACAGCAAGGUGCUGCGCUGCAUACAGGUUGCCCUCCUGUGCGUCGACGCGCAGGCGAGGAACAGACCCCUGAUGUCUUCGGUCGUCACGAUGCUGGCCAGCGAGAACGCCGUGCUUCCUGAACCAAAUGAACCUGGGGUAAACGUCGGGAGGAACACAUCGGACACGGAAUCUUCUCAAACUCGAAGCGGCACCGCGAACUUUGUGACGGUAACUGCAUUAGAGGCCAGGUAGUUUGAAAUCCUGUUCUUGCUUUAAUGGUGUGUUACAGCAAAGAUUGAAUUCUGCACGAGGCUUUCUCUUUUCCUUUCCGGGCCACUGGCCACUCUUUCUUGUAAAAAAGUUUGCGGUUUGUAAAGAUUUCAUUGAGAAGCUACUGCAUUCAAUAUACUAUAGCAAGUGACAUAUGUUAAUAGUGCGAUUAGCAUCGCUGUAAUAUUUUAUCAUAAUAAUAUUUGAUUAAUUGUAUUUUACG